AUGGAUUCUGUUCGAAAAGGUGCAUUACCCUCAAUCAUGUCUGAAUUAAUGAAAGAAAAUAAUAGUACAAUAUCACCCGCAAGCACGAGCUCCAUAAUGGAGGACAUCAUUAUUCCAUCAUUUAAAGAUGCAAAAUCACAACAAGCAGCAGCAUCGUUAUCAACCAUUGUCGAAGAAUUAGAAAAGGUUGAAAAGAAAGAUUCUCAAUUUGCCCAAAACCUUCUUGCUGCUCUUAUUACACGAGUUCAAAAAAGUGAAAAUAUACCUCCACAAUUUAAACAUGUAGCAUCGACAGAAUCUUCAAUUGCCUCCAAUUCAGAAGGUAUGGAAGCUAUCAGCCAGAAUUUACUCAAACGAUGGAAACUUAAAGUGAAAACUCUUGACCACUGA